AUGCAGUUACUCGCCUUGUCUUCUUUCGUCGCUGCGCUCUUUGCUGGUGCGCUUGCAUACCCAUCUGCAGCGGUAAAUAUCACCGCUCGGGCACCUGCAUCAUUCGUACAUCCUGGCGUGCUCCUCAACACCGCUCAGCUCAACUUUAUCCGGAGCAAAGUCAACGCAGGCGCACAACCGUGGUCAAAUGCUUACACCGCACUCUUAAACGAACAACUCCUCUCUCAGUCCCGCACCCCUUCCCCUCGCUCGGUUGUCAACUGUGGGCCAUCCUCCAAUCCAAACAACGGUUGUACAGAUGAGAGGCAAGAUGCGCUCGCUGCUUACGGCAAUGCGUUGGCGUGGUACGUGAGCCAGGAUAGCAAAUAUGCGAAGAAGGCAAUCUCGUAUUUCAAUGCUUGGUCGGGCGUCAUUACAGACCAUACCGGCGACAAUGCUCCUUUGCAAACCGGUUGGUCUGGAACGUCUUGGGCUAGAGCGGCAGAGAUUAUUCGUUAUACCUAUACAGGCUGGGCAUCGAGUGAUAUUACCAAGUUCGAGAAUAUGUUGCGCAAUGUUUAUCUCCCCGAAGUCAUCAAUGGCGACGCCCGCACCGGGAACUGGGACCUAGUAAUGAUGGAAGCCGCUCAAGGGAUUGCCGUGUUUCUCAACGACAAGACUAGCUACGACAAGGCGAUGAAUCGAUACCUUGGACGCGUACCAGCGUUUGUCUACUUGGAUACGGAUGGCAGUUAUCCAAAGGCUGCGCCGGGUAGCCCGCAGACGACCAAAGCACAAAUCAUCAGCUUUUGGCAAGGUCAGACAACAUUUGUCAAUGGUAUCGCUCAAGAGACGUGCCGCGACUUUGUUCACACUGGCUACGGCAUCGCAUCGAUUGGCCACGUCGCCGAAACAUCCCGCAUCCAAGGCACCGAUCUCUAUACCGGCGACAUUGGUACAAGAUUGCGCUAUGCACUCGGGUUCCACUCUCUUUAUCAAUUGGGAGCGUCGGUACCUAGCUGGCUUUGCGAUGGAACGCUGACGCUGGGUCUGGGACCGGUUACCGAGAUUGGGUUCAACGCGAUGAACACGAGACUUGGUUUUGGGAUGACGAAUACGCAGACCUUGACGCAGAAUCAGCGACCUGCGGGCACAAACUGGUUGUUCCUUGGAUGGGAGACGCUGACACAUGCCGGAAAUACGGCCUAG